GGAAAUUUCUAGAGAUGAACCAGUACAGGCUAUUCAAUCCCCACCGGCCACAUUAUUCAGAAUAUAAUUAAACUUGAUAGAGUAUUAGUGGAUAUAUGCCAUUCCUGAUGAAAUUUUUAUGUUGACAGAUCCACCCAUAAACUAUAUUCUUCUUUCAUCUAAGUGGUGCUAAAAUGAAUUGUUUAACUAUAUAUUCCUCCUUUUAAGAAAAUUCUGUAUCUUUUUCUCUUUCCAUUUAAUAGUUUGAGAAGAAAACUGAAGAGGAUACUUAUACUAUCAUUUCUUGGAAGGGACAAAUCCUUUUUUUAUAGUAAAUAGACUUCACCUUGUAAAUGUUUUGGCUUUGGACAUAUCAUUUGUUCAUUCCUUAUCUACAUUACAGAAUAUUAAAAUAGUUGGCAUUUGGCAUUUACAUGUUGACAUAUUCAUAUUCUUAUAUCAUGUGUAUGGGGCCAUUCAGCAUAUAAAAAAGAAAGAAAUCAGGAGCAGAUUCAUUUUAAUUUUCUAGAAUCUUCCUCCUUCCUUUAGUUUCUUGAUUUCGCGCUUAAUUAAGACAUUCAUCGAUCGAUACCAGACCAACAAAUGCAGUUUGUUUGUUGAAUCAUUUAAACAGAAUCCCCCCUACCUUUGUUAUUUUCUGUUCUUUGCUAGAAAUUGCAAUUUCUUGACUAGUCAUUUUGGUUAAAAUGAGUAUACAAAAUUAUGAAUUUGCAAAUGGUUACUGCCUAGAAUUCCCACAAAUUGAUCAACAGAAAACUUCAUCAUAUUUGGGAUUUUGUGAAGCUUCUGCAGAAAAUGGCUGUCAACAGCAACAGCAGCAACAAAAUUUUUGGCCUAGUACUGAUUCAUCAUCAUCAAGAACAAUCAUAAGUCGAAUCGAAUCAUCCCCUUCAGCCUUUUUUGCUACAGAGAGGUACCUCGGAUUAACACAAUACGAUUACCAAGACAAUAGUUCUCAACUGUCCAAGAAUCUUGAUCCUCAAACACCGUCGUUUACUCAACAAUGUGGAAAUGCCUUCUUGGCAGAUUCAUCAGCAUGUGUUGACUGCGAUUUUCCCAGGAUUUCAAUGCCAUCCAUCACAUCACAAUUCUCAAGUAGUCAACCACUUGGUUCUGAAGGACUUUAUGGAAAUCCUUUUAGCAAUCUAUCAGAGAAAGAGAGAAUUGUGCUUCUUAAGACUAAGUUGUUUAAAGAAAUUGACUCUUCAAACAGGCAGCCUGCUUCAGUGCCAGUUUUUCAUGGAAAUCAAGACUAUGGUAUCUCACAUAAUACAUCUGGUUUUAACUUGGUACAUAUGAGGCAACAAUCUGAAAGACCCUCUGGAAGUCAAUCAGCAACUAGUUUUAAUAACUCUGGAUGUUCUGGAGGAUCUUUAUCUAGUAAGACGCGAAUCAGGUGGACUCAGGAUCUCCACGAUCGGUUUGUUGAGUGUGUAACUCGUCUUGGAGGGGCUGACAGGGCAACGCCAAAGGCAAUACUAAAGCUGAUGGAUUCAGAAGGCUUAACCAUCUUUCAUGUAAAAAGCCAUUUACAGAAAUAUCGAAAUGCAAAGUGCAUCCCUGAAUCAACAGAAGGGAAAUCUGAAAAAAUGAACAGCCUCGAUAAUGGGACACAGAUCGACAACAAAACUGGAUUGCAAAUCAAAGAAGCACUGCACAUGCAGCUAGAAGUCCAGAGGCGUCUUCACGAGCAACUAGAGAUUCAGCGAAAUCUACAAUUGAGAAUCGAAGAACAAGGAGAGCAAUUAAAGAAGAUAUUUGAACAACAACAAGAGACAACCAGAAGCCUCUUGGAGACGCGAAAUUCAAGCAUUUCGUCUCCUGCUGAUCCGUUCACCCCACACGAAGAUGAAGUUUUCACUGCAGAAAGUGUCAAUAAUAAUUCCCAUUUCCCAUCUAAAAGAAGUUACAAUGACAUGUAAACAAUAUCAAUUUGACAUUUUUUUAGUUUUUUAAAAGAGUGGAUGUUAGCAUUUCUGUAGAGAGUUAAUUAGCUUAAAAAAAUGUAUAGUACAAAGGGUAGACACAAAUAUCAUGCAAAAGCUUAAGUACUUCAUUCAGACUAUAUGUUCAAUGGUUCUCUGGUGUGCAUAAGGAGAAAUUUGACUGAUGAUAGUUAUCAAAUAAGGUGAUCUUGUAAGUUGCUAUAUGCUUGUAUAUACUGCUCAAUUUUUUGUCUUUA